GGAAGAUGAACAUUAUGGACUUCUUCAUUUUUUUAACAGUUGUUUUUUUUGGAGUGGCAUCUACAGCCUCCCACAUGCUGCAGUAUCACACUGUCGUCUCAUCACAAAACGCCACCACAACUGUGGAGCUGGAUGGGGAGACCAUCGCGUUCUACAGCAGCAGUGAUGCAGAGGUGAUUCUCAAGACCGAGUGGAUAAAGAAGAUCGAUGGUGACGUGCAAGAUUACUGGAAAAGUGAGAAAUCCCGCAUGUCAGGUGACCACUUGGACCUCCAGCAUCAUCUAAGCGGUGUGGAGGAGCUCCUUCAUCAAACUAAAGGAGCUCCUACACUAACCAGGACGUACACAUGUGAGAUCAGUGAUGACAAGACAACUAGAGGAUCACUCCAGAUCCUUUAUGAUGGAGAAGAUUUCAUCAGGCUGAAUCUCAGCACUGGAACCUGGACUGCAGCAAACCUUCAAGCUGAGCAGUUCCUGAAAGCCUGGGAGCAUGCAGAGCGUAAUGCCAAAUACUGGACCAACUACCUGAAGUCUGGAUGCAUAGAGUGGUUAAAGCAGUAUCUGACAUACAGUAACAAUGUGAAUCAAGGCUCCCACACGCUGCAGUAUCUCACCGUCGUCUCAUCACUAAACGCCACCACAACUGGGCAGGUGGACGGUGAGAUCUUCGUGUCCUACAGCAGCAGUGAUGCAGAGGUGAUUCCCAAGACCGAGUGGAUAAAACAGAUCUAUGUUGACGUGCCAGAUUACUGGCAAAGUGAGAAAUCCCGCAUUUCAGGUGACCACGGAGACCUCCAGCAUCAUCUAAGAGAUGUGGAGAAGAUUCAGAAAACUAAAGGCGAGGGAUCAGGACCAGGUGCAGGAUCAGGACCAGGUGCAGGUGCAGGACCAGGUGCAGGAUCAGAGAAAGUAUUGAUUUUCAUCAUAAUUUUUGUAGUUGUUUUUUCUGUAGGUGUUGUUUUUUUUGCUUUGAUUGCAUUCUGCCUGCAGAAGAAAUGCAGUACAAUCACAAGAUGCCAAGAUUUCGAAUCCGUUCCUGAUAUUAUGUGGCAUUCCGAAGAGAAGUAAAAUCCUUCAUAAUUCCUGAAUCUAAUUUAGAUUUUCAGUGUUUAUCAGGAAAUAGUAGGUGAUUUAUUUAUUAUAGUGAUGAAAAUGUGAACAAAAGCACAAAUAUAUGACUUGAAGAAAAAAAUCUCUAACACUAGUUAUGUAAAUAAUAUUAUAACUAAAUAGAAUUGAAGAAAAUGAAGUGUUUUAGAAUGUUGUGUGUG